AUGGAGUUUCUGAGCGAGAAGUUUGCCCUUAAGAGCCCACCAAGUAAAAACAGUGACUUUUACAUGGGCACAGGAGGCGCGUUGGAGCACGUUAUGGAGACGCUGGACAAUGAGUCCUUUUACGGCAAAGCUACGGCUGGCAAAUGCGUGCAGGCCUUCGGGCCACUGCCGCGAGCUGAGCAUCACGUGCGCCUGGACAGGACCUCGCCCUGUCAGGACAGCAGCGUGAAUUAUGGGAUCACCAAAGUAGAAGGACAGCCCCUUCAUACUGAGCUGAAUCGGGCCAUGGAUAGCUGCAACAAUCUCAGGAUGUCUCCUGUGAAAGGCAUGCCAGAGAAGAGCGAACUGGAUGAACUUGGGGACAAAUGUGACAGCAAUGUAUCCAGCAGCAAAAAGAGGAGACACCGAACUACCUUCACCAGUUUGCAGCUGGAGGAACUGGAGAAGGUCUUCCAAAAAACCCAUUACCCGGAUGUAUAUGUCAGAGAACAACUUGCACUAAGAACGGAACUCACUGAAGCCAGAGUCCAGGUUUGGUUUCAAAAUCGAAGGGCCAAGUGGAGAAAAAGAGAGCGUUACGGCCAAAUACAGCAAGCUAAAAGCCAUUUUGCUGCCACUUACGACAUAUCAGUUUUACCAAGGACUGACAGCUACCCACAGAUUCAGAACAAUUUGUGGGCAGGAAAUGCAAGCGGUGGUUCUGUGGUUACUUCGUGCAUGCUGCCACGUGACGCGUCCUCCUGCAUGACACCUUACUCUCACUCACCUAGGACAGAUUCCGGUUACACGGGGUUUUCGAACCACCAGAAUCAGUUCAGCCACGUGCCCCUCAACAAUUUCUUCACUGACUCUCUUCUCACUGGAGCUACCAACGGACACGCAUUUGAAACAAAGCCAGAGUUUGAAAGAAGGUCUUCCAGUAUUGCCGUUUUGAGAAUGAAGGCAAAGGAGCACACCGCCAAUAUUUCAUGGGCCAUGUAA